AUGGCAGCAAGAAUUUCUUUGAUCCCCUUUGCCUUCGUCUUCAUUGUCUUGGCCGUGUUGGUCAUGACUGCCGAGUCGCACGACCAUAGUCCGGCUAUGGCUCCGGCGCCACAUGCACACCACGGUCAUGACCAUGCUAUGGCUCCGGCGCCGCAUGCACACCACGAUCAUGACCAUGCUAUGGCUCCAGCGCCACAUGCACACCACGAUCAUGACCAUGCUAUGGCUCCGGCGCCUCAUGCACACGACGAUCAUGAACACGCUCCUGCUCCACCUCCGAGUACUGCUACUUUGUCCGCCUAUCCUCAACUCAUCGCCACCGUAUUGGUCAGUGCCUUGUCUUUCGUCUUCUGA